AUGGAUGAUGUCUCAGGCAACAUAUCAAAACGAUGGAACAAGCAUCAUGUUGUCUAUAUGUCCAAUGCAUCCAUGCCAAGGGAAAUGGUUGAGAAGGAAUUUUGCAUUUGCUUUGUUACAUCAUCACCACAUGCUACACCCUUGGAGCUCAUGAAUGGUGUAUCAAAAUCUGUAAGGAAAACAAUGGAGGAGGGAGUCAUCACAUGGGACUGCAAGUACAAAACAGAGGUCAUGCUCAUUGCAUACAAUGUUUUCAUUGCAGGAGACAAUCCAAUGCAGGCAGAGGAGUUCAGCCAUGCAGGACUUCAUUGCAACUACUUCUGCAGGACAUGUAAUGUUGGUGGAACAAAUCAAGAGAAGAUGUCUGACUCUGGCUAUAUGAAUCUAUUUGAGGUACCAUUAGCAGAGAUCAAGAAGCAGGUGGAGUUGGCUAAGCUGCCUGGGGGAACAGAGAAACUCAAGAGUGCAGUUGCCAGUUCUGGCAUAUGUGACCCAGUGUCAAUGUCUAUCAUAGACUGUUUAUUGGAGCUUGGGAAGCAGUUGAGAAAGUGCAAGGCAGGAGUACCAGCCAAGCCUGAAGCAGAGGUUCAGGUGCAGCUGGAAAAGGAAUUUGAACUGGCAUUGGGUGGACUGUCUCUUGAUGACCAUAUAAAUCCACUUCUUGGAAUGCCUGGUGUCAACAUCCAUCAGGAUACACCAACAGAAAUCCUCCACACUAUUCUUCUUGGUAUUGCAUGGCUGGAGUCCAUUAACAAAGAUGGUCUCAACUCACCUACACUUGGAGCAGAGUAUAUUUGUCAUUACAAGGGUGGACUUAUUGGAAAGCACUUCAAAAGCCUUGCUCAGGUCAUGCCAUAUCUAAUAUAUGACCUUGUCCCACAACAUGUCUUGGAUGGCUGGACAGUGAUUGGUGAAUUGAUUGUACUCCUAUGGCACACAGCCAUUGAUGAUGUGGAUGAAUACUUAGUGAGUGCACUGAUGCAUUGA